UUUUUGUGUGAAAUAUCAUGGCCGCUCAGAACGUGCCGCCAGAAGUAGUCCGUCCGCCGCCGCCGAAUUCUUCAAAGAACGAGAAGAAGAGUGAAGGAACGAAGUAAUACGGAAAUUCUUCCCACACCUUGAUACGUGGGAAAACGACGACGUAGAAGGCACGUAGACCUUCCUGGGAACAAGAGGACGUACUAGUAAAUAAAAUCAACUAGGGAAAGGAACAACCAAAGAUGCCGAAACCAGUAAAACAAGAAGGAGAGGAUCCCGAUCCGACCCCUUACCUCUUCGUCUCUCUUGAGCAGAAGAGAAUCGACCAGACGAAACCGUACGAUGCGAAAAAAGCUUGCUGGGUACCCGAUGAGAAGGAAGGAUAUCUCCUUGGUGAAAUCAAGGCUACCAAGGGCGAUGUUGUCUCCGUCGGAUUACCCGGCGGCGAGAGCAAGGACUUCAAAAAGGACCAGUUGCAACAAGUGAAUCCGCCAAAGUAUGAAAAAUGCGAGGACAUGUCAAAUCUGACCUAUCUCAACGAUGCUUCGGUUCUUCACAAUCUAAAGCAACGUUACUACGCCAAACUUAUUUACACUUACUCCGGCCUGUUCUGUGUAGCUAUAAAUCCCUACAAACGUUUCCCUGUGUAUACAUCGAGAUGCGCAAAAUUAUACCGAGGCAAAAGGCGUAAUGAAGUGCCACCACAUAUUUUCGCCAUUUCUGACGGAGCAUACGUGAACAUGUUGACCAACAGUGAAAAUCAGUCUAUGCUCAUCACUGGUGAGUCUGGUGCUGGAAAGACUGAGAAUACGAAGAAAGUAAUUGCGUACUUCGCUACCGUCGGUGCUUCGACUAAGAAAGCUGAUGAGGCGAAUCAAAAGAAAGGUUCCCUGGAGGAUCAAGUUGUACAGACAAACCCCGUAUUGGAAGCGUUCGGUAAUGCCAAGACCGUCCGUAAUGACAAUUCCUCACGUUUCGGUAAAUUCAUUCGUAUUCACUUUGGUCCAUCUGGAAAAUUGGCUGGUGCUGACAUCGAAACCUAUCUACUGGAGAAAGCACGUGUCAUCUCCCAACAGACUCUGGAGCGUUCAUACCAUAUCUUCUACCAAAUGAUGUCCGGCUCUGUUAAUGGUUUGAAGGCGAUGUGCUGCCUGUCGGACAACAUCCAAGAUUACUACUUCGUCUCUCAGGGCAAGACCACGAUCCCAAAUGUCGAUGAUGGCGAGGAGUGUACUUUGACUGACCAAGCUUUCGAUGUGCUGGGCUUCACCCAAGAAGAGAAGAACGACAUCUACAAAAUCACCGCUGCUGUCAUGCACAUGGGUGGUAUGAAAUUCAAACAAAGGGGUCGUGAAGAACAGGCUGAAGCUGAUGGCACAGAGGAGGGUGAACGAGUUGCUAAGUUGCUUGGUUGCGACUGUGCCGAUCUCUACAAGAACUUGUUGAAACCGAGGAUCAAGGUCGGUAACGAGUUUGUGACACAAGGUCGUAACAAGGAUCAAGUAGCAUACUCCGUGGGUGCCAUGUCGAAAGCCAUGUUUGAUAGGCUGUUCAAAUGGUUAGUGAAGAAAUGUAAUGAGACCUUGGACACCAAGCAGAAGAGACAGCACUUUAUUGGUGUACUGGAUAUUGCCGGUUUCGAGAUCUUCGACUAUAAUGGUUUCGAACAACUUUGCAUCAACUUCACCAACGAAAAACUGCAACAAUUCUUCAACCAUCACAUGUUUGUACUCGAGCAAGAGGAAUAUAAGAAAGAGGGUAUUGUUUGGCAGUUCAUUGACUUCGGAAUGGAUCUCCUCGCGUGUAUAGAGUUGAUUGAGAAGCCUAUGGGAAUCCUGUCAAUUCUUGAAGAAGAAUCUAUGUUCCCGAAAGCCACUGACAAAACCUUCGAGGAGAAGUUGAACAACAACCAUCUUGGCAAGAGUCCUAACUACUUGAAACCCAAGCCACCGAAACCAGGCCAGCAAGCAGCUCACUUUGCUAUUGGCCAUUAUGCUGGAAACGUACCAUAUAACAUCACGGGCUGGUUAGAAAAGAAUAAGGACCCAUUGAACGACACGGUGGUCGACCAAUUCAAAAAAUCCACUAACAAACUGUUGAUCGAGAUCUUUGCGGACCAUCCGGGACAGUCUGGUGAUGCCGGUGGUGGCGGUGGUGGUGGCAAGGGCGGACGUGGCAAGAAGGGAGGUGGUUUCUCCACAGUAUCAUCCUCCUAUAAGGAACAAUUGAACAAUUUGAUGACUACACUGAGGGCAACUCAACCACAUUUUGUUCGUUGUAUUAUUCCCAACGAAUUGAAGCAGCCUGGUGUCAUCGAUUCUCACCUUGUUAUGCACCAGCUCACAUGUAACGGUGUACUUGAAGGCAUCCGUAUUUGUCGUAAAGGAUUCCCUAACCGAAUGAUGUAUCCUGAUUUCAAGCUACGGUACAAGAUCCUGGCGCCACAAGCAGUCGAUAAAGUGGCUUCCGACCCGAAGAAGGCCGCUGCGGCAAUCUUGGAAUCAUCCGGUCUUGAUCCCGAUCAAUAUCGUCUUGGACAUACCAAGGUGUUUUUCCGUGCCGGAGUGUUGGGUCAAAUGGAAGAGUUCCGUGAUGAACGACUCAGCAAAAUCGUUUCCUGGAUGCAGGCCUACGUUAGAGGUUAUUUGUCUCGAAAGGAUUACAAGCAACUCCAAGAACAACGUCUCGCGUUGGUAGUCGUCCAGCGAAACCUGAGGAAAUACUUGCAACUGCGAACGUGGCCAUGGUGGAAACUCUGGCAGAAGGUCAAACCUCUCCUCAACGUCACUCGAAUCGAGGACGAGCUUGCUGCGCUCGAGGAGAAAGCAAGAAAAGCACAGGAGGCCUUCGAGAGGGAAGAAAAACUACGCAAGGAACUCGAAGAACAGAACACGAAACUUCUCACCGAAAGAAAUGCCAUGCAACGGCAGCUGGAAGGUGAAAAAGGCUCUCUCUCCGAAUACAUGGAAAAGUCGUUGAAAUUAGCUGCCCAGAAAGCCGAUCUCGAGUCUCAACUUCAGGAUCUCAAUGAUAGAUUCAAAGAAGAGGAAGACUCGAGGAAUAAUCUCUUCCAAAAUAAGAAAAAGCUGGAACAGGAAGUAGCGGGUCUGAAAAAAGAUAUCGAAGACCUCGAACUGAAUCUCCAGAAAUCAGAGCAAGAUAAAGCAACGAAAGAUCACCAGAUUCGCAACUUGAACGACGAAAUCGCCCACCAAGACGAACUCAUUAAUAAAUUGAACAAAGAGAAGAAGAACCAAGGCGAAGUUAACCAGAAGACAGCCGAGGAGCUCCAGGCUGCUGAAGACAAAGUCAACCAUUUGAAUAAGGUCAAGGUUAAGUUAGAACAGACUCUCGACGAACUUGAAGACUCUCUCGAACGUGAGAAAAAAUCACGAGCUGACGUAGAAAAAUCCAAGAGGAAGGUUGAAGGAGAUCUGAAACUCACUCAGGAAGCCGUUGCUGAUCUCGAGAGGAACAAAAAGGAACUCGAACAGACCAUCCAACGCAAGGAUAAAGAACUGUCAUCCUUGACUGCUAAACUGGAAGACGAGCAAUCCUUAGUUGGUAAACUACAGAAACAGAUUAAGGAACUGCAAGCGCGUAUCGAGGAACUCGAGGAAGAAAUCGAAGCUGAGCGUGGUUCUCGCGUGAAAGCUGAGAAACAGCGCAGCGACCUUGCUCGUGAACUUGAAGAACUUGGCGAACGUCUCGAAGAAGCCGGUGGCGCGACUUCUGCUCAAAUCGAACUCAACAAGAAGAGAGAAGCCGAACUUAGCAAACUUCGCAGGGACCUCGAGGAAGCCAAUAUUCAACAUGAAGCCACCCUCGCCAGCCUGCGCAAGAAGCACAACGACGCUGUUGCCGAAAUGGGAGAGCAAAUCGACACACUUAACAAACUCAAAGCUAGGGUUGAAAAGGAUAAGGUCCAAUACUUCAGCGAAUUGAAUGACAUGCGUGCAAGUGUAGAUCAUCUCAGUAAUGAGAAGGCUGCUCAAGAAAAGAUCGUCAAACAAUUACAACAUCAGCUGAAUGAAACUCAGGGCAAACUCGAAGAAGUGAAUCGCACUUUGAACGAUUUCGACGCCGCCAAGAAGAAACUGUCUAUUGAGAACAGCGAUCUCUUACGCCAACUCGAAGAAGCAGAAUCCCAAGUCAGUCAGCUUUCCAAGAUCAAGAUCUCGCUCACCACACAAUUGGAGGAUACAAAACGUUUGGCCGACGAAGAAUCAAGAGAACGCGCCACUCUCCUUGGUAAAUUCCGCAACCUUGAACACGACCUGGACAACAUUCGGGAACAAGUCGAAGAGGAAGCAGAAGGCAAAGCUGACCUCCAAAGGCAACUCAGCAAAGCGAAUGCGGAAGCACAAUUAUGGCGUACAAAAUACGAAUCCGAGGGUGUUGCAAGAGCAGAAGAGCUCGAGGAAGCUAAGAGGAAAUUGCAGGCACGUCUGGCCGAAGCCGAAGAAACGAUCGAGUCCCUUAAUCAGAAAGUUAUCGCCCUUGAAAAGACGAAACAGAGAUUAUCGACGGAAGUCGAAGAUCUUCAAAUCGAAGUCGACCGUGCGACCGCAAUUGCCAAUGCUGCCGAAAAGAAACAGAAGGCCUUCGACAAAAUCAUUGGCGAAUGGAAACUCAAGGUUGAUGACCUGGCUGCCGAACUUGACGCCAGCCAAAAAGAAUGCCGCAACUACAGCACUGAAUUAUUCAGGCUCAGAGGUGCAUACGAGGAAGGUCAAGAACAACUGGAAGCAGUACGUCGCGAAAACAAGAACCUUGCCGACGAGGUGAAAGAUCUUUUAGACCAGAUUGGAGAAGGUGGCCGCAACAUUCACGAAAUCGAGAAGGCCAGGAAGCGCUUGGAAGCUGAGAAGGAUGAACUUCAAGCCGCUUUGGAGGAGGCAGAGGCCGCUCUGGAACAAGAGGAGAACAAAGUGCUGCGCAGUCAGCUUGAACUUAGUCAAGUGCGCCAAGAAAUCGACCGCCGCAUUCAGGAGAAGGAAGAAGAAUUUGAGAAUACCAGAAAGAAUCACCAGCGUGCACUCGAUUCUAUGCAGGCGUCGCUCGAAGCCGAAGCCAAGGGUAAAGCUGAGGCGCUCCGCAUGAAGAAGAAGCUUGAAGCUGAUAUUAACGAAUUGGAAAUCGCUCUGGAUCACGCAAACAAAGCGAAUGCCGAGCUGAAGGACGUGCAGACCGCACUUGAAGAGGAGCAAAGAGCACGCGAUGAAGCCAGAGAACUUCUUGGAAUUUCCGAACGCCGCGCUAACGCUCUACAAAACGAAUUGGAGGAAAGUCGCACCCUUCUUGAACAAGCAGAUCGUGGUCGACGACAAGCAGAACAAGAAUUGGCCGACUGCCAUGAACAACUGAACGAACUUAGCGCUCAAAACGCUUCUAUCUCUGCUGCCAAAAGGAAACUUGAGGCUGAACUCCAGACUCUCCAUUCUGACCUGGAUGAACUUUUGAACGAGGCGAAGAACUCCGAAGAAAAGGCGAAGAAAGCAAUGGUUGAUGCAGCUAGAUUGGCCGAUGAACUCCGAGCUGAACAAGAUCACGCUCAAACCCAGGAGAAAUUGCGUAAGGCUCUAGAAACACAAAUCAAGGAGCUCCAGGUACGUCUGGAUGAAGCCGAAGCAAAUGCCCUGAAAGGCGGCAAGAAGGCAAUUCAGAAACUUGAACAACGCGUCCGUGAACUAGAGAACGAAUUGGAUGGAGAACAGAGGAGACACGCUGAUGCCCAGAAGAACCUGCGCAAGUCCGAACGCCGCAUCAAAGAACUGAGCUUCCAGGCCGAUGAAGACCGUAAGAAUCACGAACGCAUGCAAGAUCUCGUUGACAAACUUCAGCAGAAGAUCAAGACAUACAAGAGGCAAAUUGAGGAGGCUGAAGAAAUAGCUGCUCUGAAUCUUGCUAAGUUCCGCAAAGCACAACAGGAACUCGAGGAAGCGGAAGAAAGGGCAGAUCUUGCCGAACAGGCAAUCACUAAGUUCCGUACCAAAGGACGUGGAGGAAGUGCCGCGCGCGGAUUGAGCCCAGCGCCACAUCGAUCUGCGUUCAAACCCCAAUUGGAUGGUUCCGCAUUCCCGCCACGCUUCGACCUGCAGCCCGAUGGUGAACUGUAAAGAUCGACGCGACCAACUUACCCGUUAGAGACUCGAUCGUUAUAGCUUAACAAACGAAGGGAUUAAUCGCAACGAGCGAACUUUCAUCGUGUCAUCUCGCUAUGUAACUCACUUCAUCAUCUUCACACCUACACACGCCUGCACACUGACGUACAAUGGUACACUCAGGUUCUUUACUUUCAUCGACACGAGAAUGUCCGUGCUUGGUCACUUUGCCAGUUUUAAAAAAAGGAAAAGUAACGAGAAACGAAAUUCCUCGUUUGAACAUUGGCAUCUACUACAUAAAUUAUUGGGCAAAACACAGGGGAAACGUGGGGAGGAAAGAUAAUCUUAAUCUUCACCACUCGCGCUGACGGUCGAGGAAAGAGAGAAUGAAAGAAUGAGAGUGGGAGAGCAAGAGAGAAAACGAGAGAAAGGAAAAUGCGAGCGGUCGAGAUAAGAAGCGAUAAGAACCAGUCAGAAAUGUGAAUGUAUUAUGAACACAUGACAGAAAAGAAAAUAUGUGCAUACUGGCAUACGCGCGAAUCAGGCGGACGUAUCAGUACUCGUAAAAAAAGUAUAUCCACUACAAAGAGGAAGAAAAUAAACGAACGAGAUUACACGUUAUGAGAAGCUGAACAACGAAUAAAUGUAACGCUAGUCGCGGAUUUGCACGGCGGCGCGCAUACUAUACAUGUCAUCCAAAUGAUAAUCCUAUCCUUAUAAACUUAAUUGUAAUUUGUAAAGAGAGCCGAAAUAUGUAUUUAUUAAAGUAAAUAAGCAAUAAAUAAAGUUAAGAACUAAAA